AUGAUAUUUUUUUUAUUCUGUCUCUGUCUUGUCGGAGUUUUCGCAGCGGACUAUACCUUGCCGGGUGUCUGUCCAAAUGUAAAAGUUCAGGAGAAUUUAGACUACACUAAGUUUUCAGGCAUUUGGCAUCAUGUUGCCGCCUACGCAAGCGAUGGCCGAGAAAUUUACGAUUGUGCCAUCCUUGAUUUCCAAGAAGACAACCUGGGGUACACUUUGAGGGAAACUUACGUAGAUCUUGACGAUGGGAACAGGACUCAGAAGUCGUACUUCGCUAGGGUAGAUCCUACUUUUGAUGCUGGGAAUAGCGCUCAGUUUAUUGUCAGUCAUGAGGCUGGAGAUAAAGUAUUGCAGUUCCCAUUCAUGAUCCUGUCUACAGACUAUGAUGAAUACGCUAUUGCUUACUUCUGCAAAUGGCUAAAAGAAAAAGAAAGAAAACACUAUGUUUUCACCUGGAUUCUCACACGCAGUAAGGAAAAGCUCCAAGGUGAUACUCUUAAGAAGGUGGAAGAUACUCUUUCCAAGUACACAGAACUUGCUGAGCAUAGACAAGCAUUUGUCUUCAAAGAGUUUAACGAUGCAACCUGUUCAUUUACAAAGAAGUUUGAAUCUGAUUUCUUUACUAGUAAUUUCUGGUAA